AGUACUUCCUUGAAGCCUCGAAGAAAGCUUCAGAGAGUACUCAGAAGCCAAGGAAAGCUUUAGAGAGUACUCAGAAGCCAAGCAAAGCUUCAGAGAGUACUCUGAAGCCAAUUAAAGCUUCAGAGAGUACUCAGAAGCCAAGGAAAGCUUUAGAGAGUACUCAGAAGCCAAGCAAAGCUUCAGAGAGUACUCUGAAGCCAAUUAAAGCUUCAGAGAGUACUCAGAAGCCAAGGAAAGCUUUAGAGAGUACUCAGAAGCCAAGCAAAGCUUCAGAGAGUACUCUGAAGCCAAUUAAAGCUUCAGAGAGUACUCAGAAGCCAAGGAAAGCUUCAGAGAGUACUCAGAUACCAAGCAAAGCUUCAGAGAGUACUCAGAAACCAAGCAAAGCUUCAGAGAGUACUCACUACCAAGGAACGAACUGA